AUGGCGGAGGCGGAAGGGGAGAGUCUGGAGUCCUGGCUCAAUAAAGCCACCAAUCCUUCCAACCGGCAAGAGGACUGGGAAUACAUCAUUGGCUUCUGUGAUCAGAUCAACAGGGAGCUUGAAGGGCCACAGAUCGCGGUCCGGCUGCUGGCCCACAAGAUCCAGUCCCCACAGGAAUGGGAGGCGGUGCAGGCCCUGACGGUGCUGGAGGCGUGCAUGAAGAACUGUGGGAGGAGAAUUCACAAUGAAGUGGGGAAGUUCCGCUUUUUGAACGAGUUAAUCAAAGUCGUCUCCCCCAAGUACCUGGGGGACAGGGUGUCUGAGAAAGUGAAGACCAAGGUUAUCGAGCUGCUUUAUAGCUGGACACUGGCCCUGCCAGAAGAGUCAAAGAUCAGAGAUGCUUAUCACAUGCUGAAGAGACAAGGUAUUAUACGCUCUGACCCCCCACUUCCUGCCGACAGGACACUCAUCCCCUCUCCACCCCCCCGGCCCAAAAACCCUGUGUUUGACGAUGAAGAAAAGUCCAAGCUUUUAGCCAAGCUGUUGAAAAGCAAAAAUCCAGACGACCUACAAGAGGCCAACAAGCUCAUCAAGUCCAUGGUGAAGGAAGAUGAGGCCCGGAUCCAGAAGGUGACCAAGCGUCUGCAUACUUUGGAGGAGGUCAAUAACAACGUCAAACUGCUCAAUGAGAUGCUGCUUCACUACAGCAAAGAUGACUCUUCAGAGGCGGACAAGGAGCUUAUGCAGGAGCUGUUUGAUCGGUGUGAGAACAAGAGACGGACUUUAUUCAAAUUAGCCAGCGAGACAGAGGACAAUGACAACAGUUUGGGGGACAUCCUGCAGGCCAGUGACAACCUCUCCAGGGUCAUCAACUCUUACAAAACAAUUAUCGAAGGACAGGUCAUCAAUGGGGAGGUGACCAGCUCAGCCCCACCUGGCCCAGAAGGAAACAACCACUCCAGUAGCCACAGCACGCUUAUCGACCUGGAUGAGUCAGACACGCUGGGCAGCUCGCCCCCAGUGUUGGUCCCUGCACCUGCCCCACCCACAUCAGGCAUCCCCAUCCUCCCGCCACCCCCCCAGGCCGCAGGCCCCCUGCGCAGCCGCUCAGCCAGCCAGGCCGAGGCCUCGCCCGGGCCCUGCAGCCCCAGCAAUGCCCUCUCCCUGCUGGAUGAGGAACUGCUGAGCUUGGGCCUCACGGACCCGGCCCCCAGUGCUCCCCCUAAAGACACAGCUGGAAACAGCCAGUGGCACCUGUUCCAGAACGAGCAGCCUGCCCUGGACUUCUUUGGCCCCCAGCUGGGCCCUACUGCCCGCAGCUGCACAGACGGCCCUCCCCGCCAGCCUGCAGCCCCACCCACAAGCAGCUCCCAAGCACCGCUGCCGCCUUCCUUCCCGGCUCCUGGCGUCCCAGCCAGCCUUCCUGCCCCCAGUCCGGGCUCUUUCCUCUUCUCCACUGGACUGGCCACAGCUCCGGGCCCAAAGGCUGAGCUAGCAGCCCCUGGGUACCAUGGCUCAUCCCUGGGCGAUAGCACCCUGCACCAGCCGGAUGCCCUCGACCAGCUUGUGGAAGAGGCCAGAGCGACCUCAGGCUUCAUGAAGCCCAUCUCCUCCAGCUUCUUCCCUGAGGCCACACCCUCCCCUCUCCUCCCCACCAGUGCCUCAGCCAGACCACUGCUCCCUUUCCCUGCCGCCGGGCCUGGCAGUCCCCUCUUCCAGCCCCAGGGCAGCCCUCCGAAGGGGCCUGAGCUCUCCCUGGCCAGUGUCCACGUUCCCCUGGAAUCCAUCAAGCCUAGCAGUGCCCUUCCCGUGACAGCCUACGAUAAGAAUGGCUUCCGCAUCCUCUUCCACUUUGCUAAGGAGUGCCCGCCAGGGCGGCCCGACGUGCUGGUUGUGGUGGUGUCCAUGCUGAACACGGCCCCCCUGCCCGUCAGGAGCAUCGUGCUGCAGGCAGCUGUGCCCAAGUCCAUGAAAGUGAAGUUGCAGCCACCCUCAGGGACAGAACUCUCUCCUUUCAGCCCCAUCCAGCCCCCCGCAGCCAUCACCCAGGUCAUGCUGCUGGCCAAUCCACUGAAGGAGAAGGUGCGGCUUCGGUACCGGCUGACCUUCGCCCUGGGGGAACAGCUGAGCACGGAGGUGGGCGAGGUGGACCAGUUCCCUCCCGUGGAGCGGUGGGGCAGUCUAUGA